CAAAUGAAAAAAAAUGUUCACCGCAUAACAGAAGGUUCGAUUCCCCAGGUGCUCCGCAGCAAGUGUCGAAGUGUUCUUGGGCAACGCAUUGAACUUAAAAUUGUUCGCCACGGCUCGUCAGAGACUAGAAAUAUAUUUUUAUACGUGGAGGGGAAGUUGGUCGAAAUGAAGCUAAUCCGGCGGGUACUUGGGUUUGAACGAAACUAACUUCAUAUAGAUUUUAAUAAAUGCUGUAGCUAAACCAAAGGCAGUUUAGUGGACUAAUAAUACAUUGCUACUAUUAUUUAAACCAAGAGAAUGGAACCAGCGGUGGAUCUUCCCUCUGGCUCAGAGUUCUCGGGCUGGGAACUGGACUCGUUCACAUGUGACAAGUUAAAGCAGGGGAAGCAACUUCCUGCUCCACUGAGGAGAUACUACAGCUUCUGCAGGAGGAAGUCAUUUGCUGCCUUUGUGGAAUCCAAGAGGGACGGCGGUCAGGACGAAGGAAGCUCAUUGUGGUGUUGUUGUGGCCAAACCUUCAAGGAACACACAGCUUUUCACAAGCACGUGGCCAGAAAUCACAACAGUGAAAUAAAGCAGGUCACACAGGCCGCGUACGAGCGUCUGUUAAACCAGCUGCAGGAAGAACCCGAAGCUCUGCAGCCAAACCAGCUCAAAGACGAGACAGUGGACAUUUCUGUGUGGAUACCAGACACCAGUCACGUCUCUGAGGAGCAACUUCAGAAAGGUCCAGGAAAGGUUAUCCUUUAUUAUCACUAUUGUAAAGUGGAGGAUCCACAUGUCGUCUGUGCUUGGCAGAAAGCUUUGUGUGAAAAGCUCCAUUUAACCGGCAAGGUGAGGGUGGCGACCGAAGGCAUCAACGGUACGGUGGGCGGCACCGACGUGGCCACCGGCAUUUACAUCGACGCCAUGCGUUUGCAUCCUCUCUUCAGGAUGGACAACGAGGAUUUUAAGACAAGUGAAGGUGGGGCGGAGUGUUUCACAGAUUUAAGGGUCGGAGUCUUUAAAGAAAUUGUUCCAAUGGGAAUUGAUCCAGACGUGGUCUCAUACCACUCGGCAGGAGUUCAUCUGGAGCCCGAGGAGUUCCACAAAGAAGUGGAGGCUCUUUUGACUAAAAAGGAUUUGUGCGACGACACCAUCCUUCUGGACUGUCGCAACUUUUACGAGAGCAAGAUUGGUCAGUUUACUCAGUGUCUGGCUCCAAACAUCCGUAAAUUCAGCUACUUUCCAGACUACAUCGACCAGAACCUGGAACUGUUCAGGGACAAAAAGGUCCUCAUGUACUGCACAGGAGGGAUCCGCUGUGAACGUGGCUCUGCUUACCUUCGCUCAAAAGGCGUGUGUAAAGAGGUUUACCAGCUCAAAGGUGGAAUCCACAAAUAUCUGGAGCGUUUCCCCAACGGUUUCUAUCGCGGAAAACUUUUUGUCUUUGACGAGCGUUACACCAUCUCCUCCAACACUGACAUCAUCUCAGACUGCAGGUACUGUGGCCGUCCAUGGGACCGGUACAAGCUCUGUUCCACCCAGUUCUGCUUCCAGCUAGUUCUGUCUUGUCCCAGCUGCAGACAGGACGGACACACCGCCUGCUGCCCCGCCUGCCAGACCAAAGGACAGGCGCCCCCCGACGCUCCACAUGUCAAAGAGGAGUGCGAGUGCACUGAUGGACGCCCCAGAAUCCCGCAGGAUGUGUAGAGAAACAAUGGCUGUGAUAGGACAUUUGUCCCUGUUCUUACAUUUAUGAAUUUCAUGAUCAGAAUUUGAUAUCAAAUACUGACCUACACACAAAUGUUGUCCACUGGAAGAGUGUAGAAAACUGUAGGGCAGAGUUUUCUGCGCUUCACCAGUCACAGCAGACAUAAAACGCACACCUGUGUCAGUGGUUAUGGCUCCUCAGAAGCUCUUUUUUAAAUAAUUAAUCAGAAUCAGAGCUACUACAUUAUAACAUAUCAUACAUUCUUAAAAAAAUAAAAUCUAAUAAAACA